AUGGUGAUCAGAAAGAAAGUCUUACUUCUUGGAUUGCUUGCUUCUUUACUGGCUGAUUUGGGCAUUAAAAGUGAAGAAGAGAAAGAACAGACAUGUCGGUUACUUGGCAAGUUUGAUUUGAAUGGGUAUGUAGAUGCCAAAAACCAUUCACUUGUCAUUGGAGGACUGUUUCCUAUUCACUCCAGGACCAUCCCAGCAAAUGAGUCUAUUUUGGAGACAGUAUCAGCAAAAUGUGAAGGGUUUAACUUUCGCGGAUUCCGCUGGAUGAAAACCAUGAUGCACACAAUCAAGGAGAUUAAUGAGAGGAAGGAUAUUUUGCCCAACAUCACUUUGGGCUAUCAGAUCUUUGAUACCUGUUUCUCCAUCUCCAAAUCAGUGGAAGCAGCUUUGGUUUUCCUUACAGGACAGGAAGAAAACAAGCCUAAUUUUAGAAACAGCACUGGAGCAUAUCUGGCAGGAAUUAUUGGAGCAGGUGGGUCAUCCUUAUCAAUUGCUGCUUCAAGAAUUCUUGGGCUGUAUUAUUUACCUCAGGUGGGCUAUGCUUCUACCUGCUCAAUUCUUAGUGACAAGUACCAGUUUCCAUCUUAUCUUCGCACAAUACCUAGUGAUAAAAGCCAGUCGUCAGCCAUGGUAAAACUUAUUCAACACUUUGGUUGGGUCUGGAUAGGCACUAUAGCAGCUGAUGAUGAUUAUGGAAAAUAUGGAGUGAAAAAUUUAAAGGAAGAAAUGGAAGCUGUCAACCUUUGUAUUGCAUUUUCUGAAAUCAUUCCUAAAGUCUAUUCCAAUGAGAAAAUGCAACAAGCUAUAAAUGCUAUAAAGUACUCCACUGCCAGAGUAAUUGUGCUCUAUGCAUCUGAUAUUGACCUCAGUCCUUUUGUGCUGGAAAUAGUUUACCAUAACAUAACUGACCGAACAUGGAUAGCAACUGAGGCCUGGAUUACCUCAGCCCUCAUUGCAAAGCCUAAAUAUUUCCCAUAUUUUGGUGGAACUAUUGGAUUUGCAAUACCAAGAGCUGAUAUACCAGGAUUAAAAGAAUUUCUUUAUGAUGUACAUCCUAGCAAGGAUCCAAAUGAUGUUCUGACCAUUGAAUUCUGGCAAACCGCUUUUAACUGUACUUGGCCCAAUAGUAGUGUUCCAUACAAUAUUGACCACAGAGUGAAUAUGACUGGUAAAGAGGACAGGUUAUAUGCCAUGUCUGAUAAAUUCUGUACUGGAGAGGAGAAGUUGGAGGAUCUUAAAAAUACCUACCUGGAUGUGUCACAGCUAAGAAUUACAAACAAUGUCAAACAAGCUGUAUAUUCUAUGGCUUAUGCCCUGGAUCAUCUAAGUAGAUGUGAAGAAGGAUAUGGACCAUAUGUUCCAGGAAACACUUGUGCAUAUAUACCUGACUUUGAGCCUUGGCAGUUAAUGUUCUAUUUGAAGACACUUAAGUUUACAACCCAUAAUGGAAAAAGAAUAGAGAUUGAUGAAAAUGGAGAUGUGUUUGGAUACUAUGAUAUUCUAAAUUGGCAAUUAAAUGAUAAUGGCGAGAUUGCCUUUGUGGAGGUUGGAGAAUAUAUAUUCACAAAAUCUAAGUUUGAACUUGUGAUCAAAGAGAAUGCAAUAAUAUUUUGGAACACUGAGUCAUCAAAGCUUCCACAUUCAGUGUGUAUUGAUCUGUGUCCUCCUGGGACCCGGAAGGGGAUUCGCCAGGGGGAACCAAUAUGCUGCUUUGACUGUAUUCCAUGUGCCGAUGGAUACGUGUCACGGGACCCAGGUCAAAGGAAGUGUGACCAGUGUGAAGAAGACUAUUGGUCAAAUACACAAAAGAGUGAGUGUAUGUUGAAAGAGGUGGAAUUCCUUGCCUACGAGGAGGCUUUGGGAUUCACACUUGUCAUUCUUUCCAUCUUUGGGGCCCUUGUGGUCUUGGCAGUCACAAUUGUGUAUGUGAUAUAUAGGCACACUCCCCUUGUGAACGCCAAUGACCGGGGCCUGAGCUUUCUCAUUCAGGUUUCUCUUGUCAUCACAUUGCUCUCUUCCAUGCUUUUCAUUGGCAAGCCAUACAACUGGUCCUGCAAGACCCACCAGAUCACUUUAGCACUUGGAUUUUCUCUUUGCCUGUCGUGCAUUCUUGGAAAGACUAUUUCACUCUUUUUAGCCUACAGAAUCUCCAAAUCCAAAACUCAAUUUAUAUCUAUCCACCCUCUUUAUCGGAAAAUCAUCGUGUUAAGCUCUGUUGUAAUCCAAAUUGGCGUAUGCACUGCCUACUUGAUAUUGGAACCUCCAAGAGUGUACAAGAACAUGGAAUCUCAAAAUAUAAAGAUCAUUCUGGAAUGCCAUGAAGGUUCCAUAGAAUUUUUAUGUUCUAUGUUUGGGAUUGAUGUUUUCCUGGCUUUAUUAUGCUUCCUUACAACCUUUGUGGCUCGCCAGUUACCAGAUAAUUAUUAUGAAGGAAAAUGCAUCACCUUUGGGAUGCUGGGCUUCUUCAUCGUCUGGAUCUCUUUUGUCCCUCCUUACUUGAGCACCAAAGGCAAGUUUAAAGUGGCUGUGGAAAUAUUUGCAAUCUUGGCAUCCAGCUAUGGUUUGUUGGGUUGCAUAUUUGCUCCUAAAUGCUUCAUUAUUCUUUUGAGGCCAAAGAGGAACACUGAUGACAUUGUUGGUGGAAGAGUCCCAACUGCAGAUAAGAGUAUCCAACUGACUUCAGCCUCUAUGAGCAGUUAG